GAAUAGACAUGGAUACAAAAAAGAAAAAGCACAAUCAUGAACCAAAUAUGUAUAUACAUUUAUAAAUAGUGUGCUGAUAAAUAUUCGUUUCAUAUUAAGAUAACACACACACGCACACACACACCUAUAGAUAUAUAGGUAUACACACUUAUCAUAUAUAUGUAUAGGCUUAAAGAUUUUGAUAAAUACGUGGGUGCUAUUUCCCUUAGUUUAACUAAUAAUAUCUUGAUAUUUUUCGGUCAAUUUUUACAAUAGGGUGGUAAUAUAUAUUCAUAGAAGAGGGUCGAUUAAACUUUCUUCUUCUUCUGCUUCUUCUUCUUCUUCUUCUUCUUAUUUUGUUUUUGUUUUUGUAAGCGUAGGCAUAUAUAGACAUAGUGUUACAGAUCUAUGUUAAAGACGAUAUGGUUACUGUUGCUGUGAUUGUUGUUGUAGUUAUGAUUGUUGGGAAUAAUCAUGACGACGAAGGUGAUCGCAACUAUGUAAUACAGGCAUAGUAUGGUAUAUAUAUAUAUAUUGUGCACAAUUCAAGGUUCUUUUCUUUUCUUUUGAAUAUGUGCAGCAUAUAUAGUAUUCUAUGUAUUCCCCCACCCCCACCCCCUCUUAGAAAUAAUUAUUAAAUUAAUAUACAAACUUUAGUAUCUGUGUGUUAUUUUUUCUUAUUGUUGUUUAUUGUUGCUGUUGCUAUACUAUAAGUUUUUUAGUUCAUUUAAUCAUAGGUAUUUUCUAUAUAUUGAAAACAUAGGAAAUGGUGGAAAAUUAUUUCUUUUAUACAAUAAUCAUUUCACUAAUAUAUAAUCAUUCUGUUCAAUUCAAUUGUUGGUAAAUCAUACUCCAAAUACAAAAUUAUUACCAUACACACACACACACACACUCACACUCACACACACACACACACAAACUCACACAAAGAUACGUUUACUCAAAACUAUACAUGGAUACUAAUGAUUCAAGUAUUAUCACAUUUAAAUUGAAUAUAAUCAGUACUACUAAUUAAAUGAUCAGUAAUAUAUUAUAACUUAUAAGAGAUACAAUAGGAUACAUAUUGUAUAUGAUAAAUAAAAAGAUCUAAUUAACAACUUGAUUGGAUUUAUAUUUGUCAAGAGAAAAUAAUUGAUGAAUAUUAAAUGGCUAUACCAAUUACAUUCCAAUCUUUACAUGAUACAUCUAAUUCAACAUUAAUGAUACAUUCAUCAUAUGAUUUCAAUGAUUCACAUAUAUCAUCUAUAUCCUCUUGUAAUAAUUUAUAUUAUAAUAAUCCAAUAGAAUCUAUUCAUAAUUCAGAUUAUAUAGAUACAAAUAGUUUAUUUAAUGAAUGUUCAUUUAAAUUAUCAUCUAAACAAGAUAUUUAUCAUAAAUGUAAUACUGAUGAUGUAAUACAUUACACAGAACCUAUAUUACAUCAUAAUAGUAAUAAUAAUAAUAAUAAUAAUAUAGAAUUGAAUAAUUCUAAAUUAUCCUAUUCAACAGUAUGUCAUAAUGUAGAAGAGAAUAAUAAUAAUAAUAAUAAUAAUAGUAAUAAUAAUCUAUCUUUAUUACCUAAUUGUAUAACAAAAAGUAUAAAUAACUUAGUAACUAAAUUCAAUAAUGAUCCUUAUGAACAUGAUAUAGAUAAUCGAUUUGAUUGUUAUCAUUCAAAUGAAUUAUCGAUUAAUAAUAAUAAUAAUAAUAAUAUGAUGAUGAUGAUACCUUCAACAUUGAAUAAAAUGACAUCAUAUUAUAAUAUGGAAUUAAUCAAUGAUAAAACAAAUUCAUUGAAUUCAUCUAAAUGGUAUCCAUUAUUGAAUAAUCGAUAUAAUACCGAAUCAAUAUAUUAUCCAUUGAUAACAAAUAUUGAUGAUCAUUCAUUAAUUUUAUCAUCAAAUUAUACAAAUGAUACAUUGAAUUUAUCAAAAAUAUUUAAUUUAGAUCAUGAUGAAUUGGAUUUAUUGAAUGAAAAUAAAAUAGAUCCAAUUUCAUCAUCAUCAUCAACAUUGUCAACAUUGUCAACAUCGUCCUGUUCGUCAUCGACGUGUUCAUCCUCCUCAUCCUCAUCAUUAUCAUUUAAUGAUAAAGAUGUUCGAAAUGAUUUACUUCAUGAAGAAACAUUACAUCAUCAAAGAUCUAUUGAAAAUAUUCAACAUUUAACAAUCAAUAAAAAAUGUUUACAUAAAUAUGAUUUAAUAGAAUCUUCAAAGAAUUAUACUACUACUACUAUGACUACUGAUAAUAAUAGUAAUAAUAAUACUAUAAUACCAACGGAAGAAAUUGUAAAAAAGCGUAUUAUAAAUUCAUAUGAGAAUAAAUAUGAACAAGAGAAAAUGAUUUCGUCAUUUAAUCAUCCUUCUUCUUCUUCAGUUGUCGCAUAUAAGAAUUGUGAUAAUCAUAUGAAUUGGAUAAAUAAAGAUGAAAAUAUUAAAAGUAUAGAAGAUCAUGAAACUUGUACAACAACAACAACAAGAAGUAGUACUACUUAUACUACUAGUACUACUACUACUACUACUACUAACAGUAGUAGUAGUAGUAAUAGUUUGAAGAAAAAUCAUUCAUUAUCAUCAUCAUCUUCAUCAUCGUUAUCAUCAUUGAAAUCAUCACGUUUAAAACGUAAAAUAAAUGAUACCUGUUCAUCUUAUCUAAUCAAUCAUGAAUCAACAAUAACUAAUAAAGAAUCAUAUAAAUUCAGUAAACAAUCAUAUAAAUCUAUUGAUUUAUAUAAUAAUAAUAAUAAUAAUAAUAAUAAUAAUCAAUUUAUUGAUUAUUCUAUCAAAACAUCUACAUUCAAUAAUGAAUUACCAUUUAUAUCGGAUAUUGAUCAUCAUUUAUUAAAUCAAUAUAAUAAUUCAUUAUCAUAUGAUUUAUCAAAUAUUGAUUUAAAUAAACAAAUUAUGGGUCAAUCUAAUGAUUAUAUAUAUCAUACAUCAAUGAAUUCAAUUGAACAUUUUCCUAUAAUCAAUAAUAUUACAUCAUCAUUAUCUUCAUCAUCAUAUCUACCACAAAAAUCAAUAUCAUUAAAUUAUUAUGAUCCUAAUAAAUCAAUAGAGAAAUCAAUCAAUCAUAAAAAUAAUGAUUCUAUUACAUUAAUAAAUAAUAAUAAUAAUAAUGAAUAUUCAACUUAUUCUACAGAACAAUUAGAUCAUUUUAAUUCAAUAACAUUUGAUUAUUGUAAUGAUCCAAUUACACAAAGAUAUAUAUCAUGUACAAAUAAUGAAUAUCAUCAUCAUCAUCAUCAUCAUCCUUCUUCUUCUUCUUGUUCUCCUCCUCCUCCCCCCACUCCUACUCCUCAUCCUCAUCAUCACCAUCAUCAUCAUCAUCCUCCUCCUCCUCUUCCUCAUCAUCAUGAACAUCAUAAUGAUAAUAAGUUAAAUAUAAGGAAUACAUUUAAUGAAGAAAUACAACACCUACUAUUACCACCACCACUAUCACCACAACACCAACAACAACACCCACCAGUGCCACCACCACCACCACCCCAGCAACAACCAUUAUCUAAAUUGAAUAAUAAUAAUAAUAAUAAUAAUAAUACAACAUUAGAUUAUUUUAAUAUAAAUCCAUUAACAUAUUUCUCAUCGAAUAUAUUUCCUUCUACAGAUAUUCAUGAUAAAUUAAAAAUGAAUUCAAAAUAUUUAGCUGCACAACAACCAUUAAUAGUAAAAUAUUUUAAUCAUAAUCAUAAUCAUAAUAAUAAUACUAAUAAUCAAACCAAUGAAAUGAAUGGAAUAAAUGAAAUACAUCAAACCAAUGAAAUGAAUGGAAUAAAUGAAAUACAUCAAACCAAUGAAAUGAAUGGAAUAAAUGAAAUGAAUGAAAUUAUAAAUGAAACUAAUAUGAUUCAUCAUUCAUCUAUACAUUCAAUAUUAAAUAAUGAUAAUAUUAUACUUUCUAUUGAAGAUACUACUACUAAUACUACUAAUACUAAUACUACUAAUACUACUACUACUAAUACUAAUACUACUAAUAAUAAUAAUGACUUAUAUUUAAAUAGAUUUGAUCAUUUUAUACAUUUACCAAUAUCGAAUACAUCUGAAUGUAUUCAUAAUUAUAAAGAUAAUAACAUAGGAACUAUAAAAGAUAAGAAUUCAUUUGAUCCUAAUAUGAAUAUCAUAACAAAAAGAUUUCCACAGAAAUAUUUAUCUAAUCGAUUAGAUCUAGAGAAUAAAAAUCAAUUAUAUCAUCGUCAUCAUCCUCAUCCUCAUCCUCAUCCUCAUCAUCCUCAUCCAUCUACAAUGAUAAUGAAUAAUAGAUCUAAUCAUUCUAUGAAUGAUACAAUAUUAUUCAAUGAUACAUUAUUUAUGAAUAAAUCAAAUACAGAUACAUAUUUACAUUCAUAUAAUUGUUUUAUGAAUGGAAUAGAUACAAUCGAUGAUAAGAAUAUAAAAUUAUAUAAUGAAUAUAAUACAUGUAUCAGUCCAUUAUUACUACUAUCAUCAUCAUCAUCAUCAUCAUCAUCAUCGUCGUCGUCGUCGUCAUCAUCAUCAUCAUCAUCAUCAUCAACACAUUCCACAUCAUCAUUUUUCACUGGGAAUAAUUCAACACCAACACCAACAUCAACAUCAUCAUCAGCAGCAGCACCAGCCGCAUCAUCAUCAUCAUCAUUAUUAUUAUCGUCUAAUUUAUCUAAUUUAUCUUCUAUAUCUACACCAUCAAUGAUAUCAUUACAUUCAAAUAAUUCUAGAUUAUCAAAACUAUCUAAUUAUCAUUUAAAUGAUAUAAAUUCUAUAUCAAUUAAUGAAAUAGAUUGUCAUCAAUUAUGUUUAGUUUGUGGAGAUAAUGCAGCAUGUCAACAUUAUGGUGUAAGAACAUGUGAAGGAUGUAAAGGUUUCUUUAAACGAACAAUUCAAAAAAAUGCACAAUAUGUAUGUCUUCAAGCUAAAAAUUGUAUAGUAGAUAAACGUCGACGUAAUCGUUGUCAAUAUUGUCGAUUUCAAAAGUGUUUAAAAGUUGGAAUGGUUAAAGAAGUUGUUCGUCGAGAUAGUCUUAAAGGUCGUCGUGGUCGUUUAUCAUCGAAAGCACGUUGUCAAUUAAAUGAACAUGGUGGAUUAACUCAUUAUUAUAAUGAUAAUAAUAGUAAUAAUAAUAAUAAUAAUAAUAAUAAUAUUCAUAAAAAUCUAUUACCAUUACAUAAUUUUCUUCAUAAACGUAAUAGUAUCUCACCAAAUUAUUCAUCGAUUCAUGGUAAACGUUAUUCAAGUUGUAAUCUACAAUUGAAUCAUUCAAAUAGAACAAAUACUUGUCAUGUCAAUUCAACAGUUACACUUUUAUCAAUGUUAAGUAGAGCAUAUGAAUUGAUUGGACCAACUAAUCAUUCUAUAAUCAAUAAUAAUAAUAAUAAUAAUAAUAAUAAUGAGAAUAAUAAUUAUAUUCAAACAAAUCAAUACUUAAAUAAAUAUGAUGUAUUCAAUGAAGAAAUAAAAGAUUCUUUACAAACUUCACCAGAUACUAUUGAAAUUGAUGAACAAUAUACAAGUAAAUUUUGUACAAUUCUAGAAGAAUCCAUGCAAGAAUUAAAACGUUAUGCUGAAUUAGUUCCAGGAUUUAUGAAUUUAUCAAUAAAUGAUCGUGAAAUUAUGUUAAAUUUACAUUAUUUAGAUUUAUUAAGUUUUCGUUUAGCUUGGAGAUGUGCCAUGGAAACAGAAGUCACUACACAUUUCAAUUAUACACCAACAUUAUUUAUUGAAAAUCAUUCCGAUAAUUGUAUAAAAUUAAAUCAAAUUACACAUGAAAAUUCUUUCAUAGAAAAACCGUAUGAUAUCUCUUCAUCAACUAUACGAAUGACACCAACAACGCCUACAGCAACAGCAACAACAACAGCAGCAGCAGCAGUCGCAACAGCAACGGUGACAUCAUCAUCAUCAUUAUCAUCACCGUCAACAAUAACCACCAAAACAACAACAACAACAGCAAUGACUAAAACAAAUACAUCAUCUAAUUAUGAAAAUAUUUAUAUUCCAACUAGUAAUAAUUGGAAUCAACAAAUGCAUCAUUCUAGAAUGGAUAAAUCACAUUUUAUUGAUUGUUAUAAAACAAACUACUUAUUAAAUGAUAAUAGUAGUAUAAAUUAUCAACAUAAAGAAAUUUUAUUUCUAUUUGAAAAUGGUAAAUCUAUGUCAUAUACAGAAUUAUUAAAAUCUGGUUUUGGUAAUUGGGCUAAUCAAAUUAAACAAUUUAGUACACAAUUAAAAUUAUUAAUACAAGAUGAUUAUAAUGCAAUUUGGGGUUUAGCUGCAUUGAUUUUAGUGAAUUAUAAAUCAAUCAAUUAUCUUACACCAUUGACAAAUUCUAGUGAAGUCUAUUCAUUACAUCAUAGAUUUGUUGAAAUGUUAAAAAGUCAUUGUUGUUCAUCAACUCAACAUAUAAAUUUAACAUCAAAUACACAUACAUCAUUAAUUCAUGAUUCAACUAAUACUACUAACACUAUUACCACUACCACUACCACUACUGCUAAUACUCCUACUACUACUAUUACUAAUAACAAUAAUACUACUAACAAUCUUAUAAGUAGUCAUAAUAAUUCAACUAAAAAAUCCAAUAAACUCAAUACAAAUGAUCAUAUCAUAUCAACAUCAUUAAUACGUAAUGAUUCAACAUAUUUUUCUAAAGUAUUUCAACAAAAAGAUAUUAUACAUGAUAUAACAAAAGAAUAUUUAAUUCAACCAUUACAACAAUUAUUUAAUCAUGAUCCAAAUACAUAUUCAUGGUUAAAAGAUAUUUUAGAUAUAAUCAAAUUAUCAGACUAA